UUUUUGAUUUUUUUUUUCAAAAAACAAAAAGAAAAAAAAAACCCUCAACACAUACAGAACCUAUCUCCUCCAACUAACGCCGGCCAGACCUCCGGCCAUCCAAAUUCACACACUCAUUUCAUCUCCGACGACAACUAGCAUUCACUUCUUCAUCCUCUUCCUUCUGCUGCACUGAUGCGAUGACCGCUAUCCACCGGAGAUAACGCCACCACGACACACACAAAACCCUAAUCUCCCACCUUCUUCAACAAUCACUGUAACGUAAAACCUUCACUCACUCUUUCUAUUUACCUCUUAUUCAUACUCAUUAUCAUCAUGUCAUCUCAUUAUAUCUCAAUUUCCCCAUCAUUAUUCCCCCCAAUUCCCUUAUCCCGGUUACAAUCUCGACCAAUUCGAUACUCACGUAACCCUAAUUCACCAAUCACCUGCAAUUCACACAACUCAGAGUCUUCACAACAAUCACAACACUCACAACAAUCAAAACACUCAAAACAUAACAUAAACACAUUGAAUUUGCUCCAGAUUUCCGUAACCCUAACUAUAAUAUCAGCUACACUCCCCCAGCCUGUAUUAGCAGCUAAAGUUGCUAACAAAAAGAAGCGUCCGGUUAAAAAAAUCGAUACCUUAACACCACAAGAGUGGAAAACAUGGUCACAGGGCCUCCCUGUAGUAGGCGAUAGGAUUGCGUAUACCGAUUUAAUCGAGUUGAAACGGGACGGGAAGCUUAAACACGUAGUUAAGCCGUCGGGUAAAGGGUUAAGGGAAAGACCUGUGGUUGUGUUAGCGGUUUUAGAGGAUUCGAAAGUUGUUAGGCUUGUGGUGCCGUCGAUGGAUAGCGAUCGCAAGUUUUGGGACGCAUGGGAUGAGUUAGGGAUUGAUUUGAUUAGUGUGCAGGCGUAUACUCCGCCGGUUAAGACGCCGGAUGUUCCUCGUCCGGUUUUAGGGUUUUUGUCUAAGUUUCCGUUGUGGAUGUAUUCGUUUGUGAAGCCGAAACCGGUGUCGAAAAAGGUGUUGGAGUUGCGGAAGCAGAGGGAAGAGCUUAAGAAGAGUAGGAUUAACGAGACGAUGAGUGUGAAGAAGAAAAUGGCGCAGAUGGAGAAAGCCGCUAGAGCGCAGAAGAAGACGGAGGAAAGAAAGAAGAAAAUGGAAGAACAGAAGCUUAAUAGCGAGCAAGCAAUGCUCGAAGCGCGUCUUAAGUACUACCGUAUGUCGAACAUGUGGAAAGAACUAGCUCGGGAUUCCAACGUUACGUUGGGUAUUGGGUUGUUGUUUUUCGUUAUAUUCUACCAGACGGUGGUUUUAAGUUAUAAGAAACAGAAAAAGGAUUACGAAGAUCGGUUAAAGAUCGAGAAAGCAGAAGCGGAGGAAAAGAGGAAAAUGAAGGAGUUAGAGAGGGGGAUGGCGGGAUUAGAAGAUGAUGACGAUGACGGUGAAGGAAAAUCGGGUGAAGAAAACCCGUACAUGAAGAUGGCUCAACAGUUUAUGAAAUCUGGUGCGCGGGUUCGCCGAGCGCAAAAUAGUAAAAACGUUAAGCUUUCACAGUAUAUGGAACGAGGCGUGGAUGUGAAGUUUUCAGAUGUGGCUGGGCUCGGGAAAAUAAGGCUUGAACUUGAGGAGAUUGUCAAGUUUUUCACACAUGGGGAAAUUUAUCGUAGGCGAGGAGUCAAAAUACCAGGUGGUAUACUUCUUUGUGGGCCCCCAGGAGUGGGAAAGACGUUGUUAGCAAAAGCAGUUGCUGGUGAAGCAGGUGUAAACUUUUUCUCUAUUUCGGCAUCCCAAUUUGUUGAAAUAUACGUUGGGGUUGGUGCAUCACGUGUGCGCGCGCUCUAUCAAGAAGCGAGAGACUGUGCUCCAUCUGUUGUGUUUAUUGAUGAACUGGAUGCUGUCGGAAGAGAACGUGGGUUGAUAAAAGGUUCCGGUGGACAAGAACGUGAUGCAACUCUUAAUCAGCUCCUUGUAUGCUUAGAUGGAUUUGAAGGCAGAGGAAACGUGAUCACUAUUGCUUCCACAAACCGACCCGAUAUUCUUGAUCCCGCACUCGUGAGACCGGGUCGGUUCGAUAGAAAAAUAUUUAUACCCAAACCUGGCCUAAUUGGACGAGUCGAGAUUUUAAAGGUGCAUGCUCGUAAGAAACCAAUGGCUGAAGAUGUAGAUUAUGCUGCUGUUGCAGCUAUGACCGAUGGAAUGGUUGGUGCUGAGCUGGCGAAUAUCGUUGAGGUUGCUGCAAUCAACAUGAUGCGUGAUGGAAGGACUGAGAUCACGACUGAUGACUUAUUACAAGCGGCACAAAUAGAAGAAAGAGGAAUGCUUGAUAAGAAAGAAAGGAGCCCCGAAAUGUGGAAGCAAGUGGCUAUCAAUGAAGCCGCUAUGGCCGUCGUAGCAAUUAACUUUCACGAUCUUAGCAAUAUAGAGUUUAUUAAUAUCGCUCCAAGAGCUGGUAGAGAAUUGGGUUACGUGAGGAUGAAAAUGGAUCACAUCAAAUUUAAAGAAGGGUUGCUGAGUCGACAGUCGCUUUUGGAUCACAUUACCGUUCAACUAGCACCACGGGCCGCUGAUGAGAUGUGGCAUGGUGAGGGUCAGUUGAGUACAAUAUGGGCUGAAACAGCAGACAAUGCCAGGUCAGCGGCACGCGCGUUUGUUCUUGGUGGUCUUUCGGACAAGUAUUAUGGCGUAUCUAAUUUCUGGGCUGCAGAUCGGAUAAAUGAUAUUGAUUUGGAGGCAUCGAGGAUCCUUGAUUUAUGUUAUGGACGUGCGAAAGAGCUCUUGGACAAAAAUAGGAAACUAAUGGAUGCCAUUGUUGAUGCUCUUAUUGAGAAGAAAAGUCUAAACAAACAAGAAUUUCUUAAGCUAGUUGAGUUACAUGGAUGUAUUCAACCCGGCCCACCAAGUAUACUUGAUAUGCGGGCUUUAAAACAGGUCCAGAUGCAAUCAGUGAUCAUGAAGCACAAAGAAGAAGCUAAUCGCGUCGUCACAUAACACCGCUCACAUUAAGUUCACAAUUAUAUUGAAGGUUUAAAAAGUCGAAUCUUGUUCUUGCGUUGACGAUGCUCCUUGUGAACAAAUAGGCGCGCGCUCAAUGGUGAUGAACCGCCCUUUGGUUAAGAGGUCGGUUGAUGUUGGUUUUUGGUGUUUUAUGAUCAAGGUUCCGACUGGUGACACAAAGUUUUGUAAAGCGGUUAAACACAUAGAAAUUUAAUGUAUUAUGUUUAGAAUUCGGAGUUGUUUUAGAAUCACUUCUAUCAGUUGAAGCAUGUACAUUAUGUGCCUUUUUAUUCGUAUCGAACAUUCCGCAUAUUUGCGACAACUUGUAGAAGAAAACUCUUGACAUGAAUUUAUUUACAUCACCAACAUUUACUAUAUA